AUGGCUGAUUCUUCUUCUACUUCUUUGACUGAUAACCAAACCUUUGAUUUUGCCAAUUUAGUUUUCCUCAAUGUAGCUACUCAAGCACCUAUUUGCCUUUCUUCUGAUAAUAUUUUUACUUGGAAAGCUCAGUGGGAUGCCCUUCUUUAUGGCUAUGCCCUCACUGGUUAUAUUGAUGGCUCUCUUAUGUGUCCACCUUCCUCUUCCAAUGUGGCAUAUAUGUAUUGGACUCGACAGGAUCAGCUUCUAUAUGGGUCCCUAUUAGCAUCCUUGUCUUGUGAUCUUGCUCCCAUGGUUGCCUCGGCUAAAACUUCACGAGCAGCAGAUGAGCUAGCCUUACUUAAUGCACCUCUCAAAGAUGAAGAAAUCACUAUUUAUGUUAUCAAUGGCUUAAAUUCUGAUUUAAAAGAAAUUUCUGCAGCACUUCGUUCCAGGGACACUGAAAUUUUUUUUGAACACUUACAUGAAAGGCUCUUGGAAUAUGAGGCAUAUCUUCACAAGACCGGUUCUCAAAUCAGUGAUGAUGCCGUUGCUGUAGCUCAUGUUGUAAACCAUACCACCUCUUCUUCUGGUUUUAAUCUUAACUUCUCCAGGAAACCAGGUUCUUGA